UCCAAUUUUUUUUAAGGAAAAAAGAAAAAGAAAAAGAAAAACCUAAUUACCCUUCUUCUCACUGGGCAGUCCUUGAACAACAAAGAAGAGCCCAUUACAUUUCAGAGAGAAAAAGAGAUGGCGACAGCUCUUGCAAAACAAGUAUCAGCUACAAAAGCUACUAAUCAAACCCUAAGUUUGAGUUUGUUCAGAUUAUCAGUCAACUACUUGAAAAGCUUUAGCACUUCUUCUUCUUCUUCUUCAUCAUCAUCAUCUCCCUCUGCUAAUGCAACUUCAAAGAAACCAAAGAGGAAAAAGAAGAAGAAUUUAGUUGAGGUGGCUCAGUUUUUACCCAAUUGGGGAAUUGGUUACCACUUUGCCAAAUCUCAUUGGAAUGAAGUCUCUUAUGAAAUCACCAAGAUUAAUCUCUACAAGGAUGGUAAGCAUGGAAAAGCUUGGGGGAUUGCUCACAAAAACGGAUUACCAAUUGCUGAUGCUCCUAAGAAGAUAAGUGGAGUUCAUAAGCGUUGCUGGAGAUACAUUCCAAGCUUAUCAAAAUCUUUGGAAAGCAAGCCAACCUCUCCAAAAUCAACAGAAACUGCCACAAAGGCUGAAGCUGAGGCAGCAUGAUGUAUUCUGUUUGUUAGUAAGGACCGGUAGCCUGACCAUACCAAUCCUCAUGUCACUUUUUCGGGUUGAUGCCCUGAGUUGAAGAGUUGCAAUUUAUGGAAAAGACGGCAGUUGGAUGUCUUAGGAUCCUGUAUCAGUUCAUUUUCUAGAUGUUUUGAUGCUCUCUUUUUUCGCGCAACAUCCUUGUUAGAUGAACUCUAAGCAAUAGAAACAGAAAGGUGCAGUUAGGAAACUUUGAGCAUUCUUGAUUUAGUUAUGCAAGGUCUUGGGGUUGGAUUUUGAUUUCUCAUAUCCCUGAUUAAUAAUAAUUACUGGAAUAUCUCA